ACACAGGUGAGCCAUAGCAUGCAGUAAGUUGAUAGUCUUCGGUAAAAUAAGAUCGUUAGUGAUAAUGAGGACUGUGAAUUUGUUGAUAUGCAUAAUAUGUGUUUAUUUAAAUAUCGCAAAUGGAAAUUCCCAAGAUUCAUCUCCAGGGGCUAAAGCUAACGAAAUGUGUAAAAUCUACACAGAGAAUGCCAAGAAGAAUAAUAAUUGUCCUAUUCCACUUUUUACCCCCUUAAUAUCUCGUGGCCAAUUAGCAGAAAUAGGAGAAUUUCCUCAUAUGGUACAGGUCGGUUACAAAGGCGAUAAUGGAACUGAGUGGCUUGUUAGUGGUUUUAUAAUUAGUAAAAAUUACGUUCUGACUGUAGCUCAUGGUGCUAGACCACGUGGAAAUAGCCCACCUGAAAUAGUAAGAGCUGGAGUAACAGAUCAAGCGGACCUGUCAAAAGCGCAGAUAAGAACAAUUGAGUCUAUCAUAGUUCAUCCUGAGUAUAAGCCACCAGUGAAAUACAACGAUAUAGCUCUUCUUAAAAUUAAAGAAGAUUUUGUAUUUAAUAAGUUCGUUAAUCCAAUAUGUUUACACACCAGCGAAGAAAAUCCAGAUGUAAAAGGUAUUCACUCAGGUUGGGGUGCAACAAGUUAUUUAGAGGACAGACCAACUCACAUGGUUAAGAUUAUAGUGAACUUUGACAGUAACGAAAGUUGCAAUAAGAGCUUUAGCGGUCAACACAAAACACGAGCUUUACCACAAGGCAUUAUAAAAGAUAAACUGGUGUGUGCUGGAGGAAACCAAACUGACGGAUGUCAGGGCGAAUCUGGAGGUCCUUUACAAAUUUUCCGUAGAGACGAAUACGGAACAAAUUGUAUAUAUGACGCAGUAGGAAUUUCUUCAUUUGGAGUACCUUGUGGAGUUACUGAAAAAUCUUCAGUAUUUACCAGGGUGUCCCAUUAUAUCCCAUGGAUUGAGGAAAUUGUCUGGGCUCAAAAAUAAAUGAAAAAUUUUGAAAUUUUGUCGUGAACGAUAAAAAUCAAAAGCGAUAGAUAAAUAAACUUAGAAGAAAGGUUUUAUUUGAGAACAGUGUAAUAUUUAAGACCAACUUUUGAACUUUUAAUAUACAUUAAACUUUUUUUAAGACACAA